AUGGCUACUGCGAAAAAAGUCAAGCUUGAUGUCCCAUCACUUCAGUCAUCAUGGACAAAUGACUUCGAAUUUAUUCAGCAGAAUGAUUGUGUUAUGUGUGCUCUCUGCUGCGAGAAUGUCGUGUGGCGUACAUCGAGUGUUAAACGACACUUUGAAACAAUACACAAGAAGCCUUUCAAGGAUAGUGUUGACAAGGCUAAGGUGAUUAAGAAAGCAGUAUCCCGCUAUGAGAAACCAAGUAAUGUGUUAAAAAACUUAGAGUGCCAGCAAAAAAAAAAUGAAACUGAAGCCAGUUACAAACUAGCUCUGUGUAUAGCUAAGCAUGGAAAGCCUUUUCCUGAUGAAGAUUUUAUAAAAGCAGCUUUCAUACAGUGUUCUGAGGUGUUAUUUGAUGGCAUAUGA